GGGACGCCGGCCCAGACACCACAUGGCAACCGCCGCUAGUCUCAAACAAACUCCGUGCCAACAGUGAACACACAGUCUGCCGAGUGAUAACUGCUCACCGCACUUCAUCUCUGCUUCCAAACGGGUCUCUCGGCGACCGUUUCACAUUUUACGUGACAGAAAAGCAACAAAUCGAUUGCAGUGUCUCGGUGGAAAUCACGUUCUGGCUAGGACCGGUACUGUAAGUGUGGUGUUGGGUUGGUGCCAGCAUUGCGGGUAUCGUUAGGGAAAAUAUAAACAUAACUGCGAGGGUGAAGAAAAAACAAGAACGUUUGGAGUUGGUAUUGUUCGCCGGAUAUUUGCGUGGUAAAUUAUUGUGAGCCUUCCGGUCUGUGAAAGGAAAGAGUGUACAGAAGGAGCGGCUGGUGACGCGAUGUCGCGGUAGGAUCGAAAGUCUGCCCGCUUCUAAUGAGGACUGGGAGCCGCGGCCGGUGAAAGUCAAGUUCCCGCAGCAACAGCUGGCCCGGCCCUGCCGACAGAACAGCUCCGAGAUGGUCCGUGGCCUUCGCCAGGGAACUGGGUCGCCCGGCAUGUGGUGCUACCUUCGUCGCUUACAUACAAGGAGCCGCGGGGCCAGCGCAGCGGCGUGCGUCGCGGCGCUGCUGGUGGCGCUGUCUGCGGCGCAGGCGGCGGCCCCGCUGCGAGCCCCGGCGUGGCCCGCCCAGCUGUCCGCUCCCAACGUGAGCGCCGAGCGCCGCCUACGCCGCUACGUGCGCUUCCCCGCCGGCCGGUACGGCGCGCGCCCGCAGCCCCAGCCUCCACCCUCCGCCUACCUGCCCGAGCACGCGCCCUGGCUGCCACUCAGGCCGAGCCCACAGCGCGAGCGGAGCCCGCGGCUGGUGUUCCGGGAUCCCGACGCGCCGGGGACGCUGCCCGCCUUCUACCCGCAGCACAACGGUCUCAGCUCGCCGGCCGACGACCCCCGGGAGUACCGAAAACAGCCGUACCCUUUCGCGGGCGACCAGUCGAUGUGCUCGCAAGGGACGUGUGAGUUCUUCCUGACUUGCUGGAUGUCCGCGGGACUGCUGGAGGGCAGCUGCGGCGGCUUCCUGUACGCCUGCUGCCAGCGCCGGCCGCCGUCCACGGCCAAGAAGAGCGAGCACUCGCUGGCGCCGCUGCCGGACUACGGGCCUGUGCUCAACGACCCCCGGUGUGGGCUGUCCUCUGGCAAGCUGGGCCAGCUGGUGGGCGCGCAGCGGAGGAUCGUCGGCGGUGACGAAGCGGGCUUCGGCAGCUUCCCCUGGCAGGCGUAUAUCAGGAUCGGAUCCAGCCGCUGCGGAGGUUCCUUGGUGAACAGAUACCAUGUCGUCACUGCCGGACACUGCGUAGCCAGGGCAAGCGCGCGCCAGGUGCAGGUGACGCUGGGCGACUACGUCAUCAACUCUGCGGUGGAGCCGCUGCCCGCCUACACGUUCGGCGUGCGCGAGAUCCGCGUGCACCCGUACUUCAAGUUCACGCCGCAGGCCGACCGCUUCGACGUGGCGGUGCUGCGGCUGGACCGGCCGGCGCCCUACCUGCCGCACAUCGCGCCCAUCUGCCUGCCCGAGAAGGGCGAGGACUUCCUGGGCCAGUACGGCUGGGCCGCGGGCUGGGGCGCGCUGCAGGCCGGUUCCCGGCUGAGACCAAAGACACUUCAAGCAGUUGAUGUUCCUGUUAUUGACAACAGAUUAUGUGAACGGUGGCACAAGUCAAAUGGAAUCAAUGUUGUGAUUUAUGAUGAGAUGAUGUGUGCUGGAUAUAGAGGAGGUGGUAAAGAUUCCUGUCAGGGGGAUUCUGGUGGCCCAUUAAUGCUGGAAAAAGCUGGAAGAUGGUAUCUGAUUGGUAUUGUCUCAGCUGGAUAUUCAUGUGCCCAGAGAGGUCAACCUGGAAUUUAUCAUCGUGUUGCAGAGACAGUAGACUGGAUAUCAUACAUCAUUAAUUCGUAACAGAUGGAACAGCUAUGCAAAAGAGUAUGAAAAUUUAACAAGUUCCUCACUAGUGUUGGUGACCUGAGUUUGUGAGAGUGUUGAAGGAUAUUCACUGAGUUAAGCAAGAGACAUCUUACAAUGAAAUGACUGUAAAUGUAGACAGCAUCUGCCCUGUAUGACACAUGGUUGUCAUAAUGUAGUUCACUAACUUCAGGGGUUUCUCUUAAGUGAACAUAUGAUAUUAACAUGGAUGAUUAUACACAAGUUAGAUUUAAAUUAGUGAUGUCUCUCAGUCAUGUGUUAUUUAUGUUGGCUGUGCCUAAUAUUUCACAAAUAUUGUGGUGAACAUAAGUACUUCCACAACUUUUGUGGGAUACAUUUUUAUUUGUGUUUACCAUAUUCAUAAAAGUCAUAAAUUAAUCUCUUUUCUUCAUAUUCAGCGAGAGGCUUGAAGCCUAUUCUGAAUCAAAAUGAAACAUUAAUAUAAGCUGUAAUAAUAAUAAUUAUUUAUGUUUUAUGUACAUCUGCCAUUGUAAAUUUACUUCCAUACCAAAUACGAUUAUAUUUUCAUAGGUAUUGAGUUAUGUACUUUAUAUUGUGAAUAUAAAAUCAUGUUUUUCAUA